GGCACAGAAGCUUCUGAAAUUAGGGCUUGGGGGGUUGUUUUGAUGAAAAAUGAUUUCUUUGAGAGCACGCGGAGGGGAUGGAGCAUCCCACCUCGUCGGUGUCCCUCACGGUGGGCGCUUCUGCACGGGAAGGAGUCCUGCAAAGGGUCAGGCUGAGAGCAAAGGAGCCUUGGUGGCCAACGCUGGCUUGUGUCAGUGAACUCCCCAGGGUUUGCCGAGGAGGCAGGAUUCCUGCUGUGCUUGGCUGUCAGCCCUGUGCGCCCAGAUGUUCUCAAACAAUGACGAAGCUGUGAUCAACAAAAAACUUCCAAAAGAGCUGCUGCUUCGAAUUUUCUCCUUCCUGGAUGUGGUCACUCUGUGUCGCUGUGCUCAGGUCUCCAGGGCAUGGAAUGUUCUGGCCCUGGAUGGCAGUAACUGGCAGCGAAUUGACCUGUUUGAUUUCCAGAGGGAUAUUGAGGGCCGAGUAGUGGAGAACAUUUCCAAGAGAUGCGGGGGGUUCCUGAGGAAGCUGAGCCUGCGUGGCUGCCUAGGAGUGGGAGACAAUGCAUUAAGGACAUUUGCACAGAACUGCAGAAAUAUUGAAGUAUUGAACCUGAAUGGCUGUACCAAGAUCACAGACGCUACGUGUACCAGCCUCAGUAAGUUCUGCUCUAAGCUCAGGCACCUUGAUUUGGCUUCCUGCACUUCCAUAACCAACAUGUCCCUGAAAGCACUGAGCGAGGGGUGCCCGCUGCUGGAACAGCUGAAUAUCUCCUGGUGCGACCAAGUGACGAAGGAUGGCAUCCAGGCCCUGGUGCGAGGCUGCGGGGGGCUCAAAGCCCUGUUCCUGAAGGGCUGCACGCAGCUUGAGGAUGAAGCUCUCAAAUAUAUCGGCGCACAUUGUCCUGAACUGGUGACUUUAAACCUUCAGACGUGCUUACAAAUCACAGACGACGGGCUCAUCACGAUAUGCAGAGGGUGCCACAAGCUGCAAUCCCUGUGUGCCUCGGGCUGCUGUAACAUCACUGACGCCAUCCUGAACGCCCUGGGACAGAACUGCCCCAGGCUGAGAAUAUUAGAAGUUGCAAGGUGUUCUCAGCUAACAGAUGUGGGCUUCACUACUCUAGCUAGGAACUGCCACGAGCUUGAAAAAAUGGACCUAGAAGAGUGCGUCCAGAUCACAGACAGCACGCUCAUCCAGCUCUCCAUACACUGUCCGCGGCUUCAGGUUCUGAGCUUGUCCCACUGCGAGCUGAUCACGGACGACGGGAUCCGCCACCUGGGGAACGGCGCCUGCGCGCACGACCGCCUGGAGGUGAUCGAGCUGGACAACUGCCCCCUGAUCACCGACGCCUCCCUGGAGCACCUGAAAAGCUGCCACAGCCUGGAGAGGAUAGAACUGUACGACUGCCAGCAGAUCACGCGGGCGGGGAUCAAGAGACUCAGGACCCACCUCCCCAACAUCAAAGUCCAUGCCUACUUCGCGCCCGUGACCCCCCCACCGUCGGUGGGGGGCAGCAGGCAGCGCUUCUGCAGAUGCUGCAUCAUCCUAUGACGGCGGCGGCGGCCGGCCUCGCGGACUGAGUAUUUAAUGACACCCCUAGAGUCACGGUGGACACCAGAACCCUCGAGGAAAGCGAUCCCAGAGUCAUUCGCAAGGGGCCAGUGAGCGGGGCCGUGGCGCCAGGCCCCCCCCCCGUAGCCACCCAUCCGCAUCCAUCCGCACCCCCCACCUGCUCCAGCGAACCGCUGAACUCUCUCCGCGCCCUCCCAGAGCUGGAGCCCUCGGCUUUUUUUUUUCUGUAGGUGGCUUGGGAGAACUCGGAACCAUUCCUGCUGGGCACGCUCGGACAAAAGCGCUGCGGAGAGGAGGCUUUGGUGAAGCCCAACGGACUUUGUUUGCUGCGGAGGAGGAGGAGGAGGAGGUUGGAGCAGUAACUGCAGCCCUCGGAAACGGGGAGAGGACGGAUCGUGCUUGAACCCUGCAUCCGCUGGCCAGGAGGGGGAAGGAAAACAAAAACAAAAACAAAAAAACAGGAAAAGAAAACCCCAA